CACUUACAGCUUGGUGAAAUUUCUAGUUGUUGUAUCUUCGCCAAGAGUUGCCCAAUAGAUGAUGAAGACCCAUAAUUUGAUUUUCUCAGACAGACCAGAAAUACUUGCUUCAAAAAUCAUGUCAUAUAAUUGUGCUGGCGUAGCAAUUUCUCGCUAUGGUGAUUACUGGAGGCAAUUACGAAAAAUUGUCGUGUUGGAGCUUUUAAGUGCUACACAAGUUCGGUUGUUUGGAUCACUAAGAGAGGAAGAGGUGUCGAAUAUGAUUCAGAGUGUUUCUUUGAAAGCUGGUUUACCUGUCAACAUCAGUGAGCUAACUUCAUCCCUGUCUAAUGAUGUAACUUCUAGAGCAGCAUUUGGCAAUAAAUGCAAAGACAAAGAAGUACUUACAUCAUUGCUGACUGAAGCAACUGCUUUGUCAGGAGGUUUUUCCAUGGAAGAUCUUUUCCCAUCGAUAAAAAUGCUACAUUUUAUUGGUGGAGUCGCAUCU